UUCCACUUCCACCACCACCACCACCACCACCACCACCACCACCACCGCCUGAACAUUCUGACCGACCGACCAUUAGCUCACCUCGACCAACUCGUUCCGCUACCUAGACACCUCGUCCUACAGCUUGAGCUUCGUUUCGAACCACGCUUCUCUCACAACCUUCCACCACUCCGGCAAACACAGGACGAUUAUUGAUAACGACACCCUCCACCACCUGUUGGCUCAAAGAUGGCCUCGUGGGGCUGGGGCAACCUCUUUGGAGGCAGCACAGCAGCGAAGAAAGAUGCUCCAAAGAAUGCCAUCCUACGCCUAAGAAGUACGCUGGAAAUGCUGUCCAAGCGCGAAAAGCAUCUACAGAACCAGAUGGACGAGCAAGACGCUGUGGCGAGGAAGAAUGUCACCUCGAACAAAGCUGUCGCCAAAGCCGCCCUUCGACGGAAAAAGGCCUUUGAACACCAACUCGAACAAACCUCCGCCCAGAUGAUGACAGUCGAACGCGAAAUCUCUUCCAUCGAAACGGCGAACAUCAACAAGGAAACACUCGACGCGAUGAAGGGCGCUCAACAAGCCAUGAAGAAGAUCCAUGGCGACCUCUCCAUCGAAAAGGUCGAUCAAACCAUGGAAGACCUACGGGAACAACAUGCGAUUGGAGAGGAGAUUGCAGAUGCUUUGACACAAGGGAACUCGAUGCAAGGAGUGGAUGAAGAUGAAUUAGAAGAUGAGUUGGCUGAGUUGCAACAAGAGGAACUGGAUAAUAAGAUGUUGAGGACGGGUAAUGUGCCGAUGUCUGAUCAGUUAUCGCGAUUGCCGAAUCAGCCGGUUGGAGAGAUUAAAGGCAAGCAAAACGCUGCGGCGGUGGAGGAUGAUGAGGAGGAGGAGUUGCGGAAGUUACAGGCUGAGAUGGCCAUGUAACGAUGUGGUUAGAUGGAAGGUCGGAUGGAUGGACGACGACGAUGAUGAUGAAGGGAUAUAACGGAAGCGAUGACGCCCUUGUGUCUUCCUUGCAGCUGUGCGCGUAGAUGGUCAUACUCUGAGGUCUGGAAUAGGUGACUGCUGCUUCGGCGAAUCUUGUAAUGAUGGAUUGAGCAACCUCUUUGACAGCGUCUUUUCCGAGGAUUGAAAUAUCUCGUAUCUACUGAGAAAGUGCAGUCACAUCCACUGGUGGCAUGGGCUACCAUCUCCG